AUGAUUGAACAGAAGAUCAAAAUGAACGAGAAGAGUGAGUCCGAAGACUGCGCACUCGGCAGUGUGGCAAUGGAUGACAGGAGGCUGCUUCGCAAAAUCGACUGGCAUUUGCUGCCUAUCAUGUUCUUGACAUAUUUCUUGCAAAUGAUUGACAAGAUUUCCAUCAAUGUAUGUCGGAACGUCAUACGAAUCUACAAUGGCUUGACUACUGACUCUUUGAAGUAUGCAAAUGUGAUGGGCCUCCAGGAUGAUUUGAAAAUGGCAGGAAACGACUUCUCAUGGCUGGCAACGGCAUUCUUUAUUGCAUACGCGGUGGCAGAAAUCCCACAGGGCACCCUUCUACAGCGGUACUCUGUCACCAAAGUCCUCGGCUUCAACAUACUGUGCUGGGGCAUCAUCCUAUGUUGUUCCUCCGCGGCGAAAAACUUCUCCCAUAUGCUUGCGCUGAGAAUCCUGCUGGGUUUGAUGGAAGCUGUGAUAGCUCCUGCUCUCACAAUAUAUACCAGCAUGUGGUACACGCGGGCUGAAUCUACACCACGAUACGGUCUUUGGUAUUGUGGACUGGGAGUCGGACAGAUUGUGGGAGGCUUGAUCUCUUUUGGGGCCCAACAUGCCCCAGCCCACCUUUCAUUCGGUGGAUGGCGAAUCAUGUUCGUUGUGAUUGGGGCCGUAAAUAUUUUAGCUUCACUUCUUGUGCUAUUCAUUCUCCCCGACAACUUGGCGAAUGCCAAAUUCCUAACGGAGGAAGAGAAACAGCGAGUAGCCCAGCGGCUAACGGAAGACCAGUCUGGAGCUGGGUCUAAAGUUUUCAGAUGGCGCUCCGUUCUUGAGGCAUUCGGUGACCUUCAAACUUGGCUGCUGGUUUUACUGACCAUUCUCAUCACCAUUCCAAGUGGCGUUAUCACGACCUUCUCGGCAAUAUUGAUCAAGGGAUUUGGAUACGGCUCCAAAGAGACUGCCUUGCUAAACAUGCCGUCUGGAAUCGUGAGCAUCGUUGCAACGAUGGUCUCUACUUUUGCAAUCUCCAAGGGGUUUUCGCGCUGGGUCGCCAUUGAUCUGCUUUUGAUUCCCACACUGCUGGGCUCCUGCUUGAUGUCUUUCCUUCCAUCCGAAAACCAAGCGGGUUGCUUAGUUGGGAUUUACCUAGUCAACACAACUGUUGCUCCACUGGCAUUGAUCUAUGCCUGGACCGGUGCAAACUUCAAAGGAUACACCAUGAAGGUUUCUGGCGCUGGUAUCGUGUCUGCUGGGUUUAGCAUUGCAAACAUCAUUGGACCCCAAACAUUUCAGGCUAAGGACGCCCCACAAUAUAUACCGGCCAAAAUCACGAUUGUUGCAGUUAAUGCGGCAGCGAUCGUGGUGUCGACUUGCUUACGCAUUGUCUACGGAAGACGUAAUUCCACAGCAGAUCAGCUAGGAAGACCUGCACGUAGUCUGAUUGAAACGCGCCUGGCAGAGAACUCUCAUGACCAGGACGUUCACGAUGAUAUUAACUUCCGUUAUACUUUCCCACCAACUGGCGUGGCGUCAACCUCGGGCUAUUUCCCCGCACUUCGCUAUCAACAUCGGAACGACCCGAUGAUACCGUCGCUUCUUGCUUCUCCAACUCUCGCACCACCACACAAUGAAUACAACAAGUGCCAGAGUCUGUGCACACUGUGCUCGUAUAGCCUCGGUCAUGUCUGCAAACCCCGGUGCCCAGAGAAAUCAAGUGGCUCACCGCGCGGACCGAACGCGGCGCGACGGCCACGUGCAUCGCGGUCCCGCGGCGGCUGUUUACGCUGCAAGUCAAGAAAGAAGAAAUGUGACGAAUCGCAUCCUCGCUGUAGUGACUGUCGUCGCCUAAAUCUCACAUGUCAAUGGCCAGCCAGUGCCACACAGACUGACCCCAUCAUCCUGGAGUUGAGUGAUGCAGCAGACUCCACUUGCUCUCCAGAUAGCCCAGACAAUGCUCCGAUAGACGAUGCCAAUGGGGGCUUAUCUAUGCCCAGCCCCACAUCUUCUUUCGACGCCGAUGAGUUUAUUGCCACGCUGUUCCCACACCCCUUACCUGAGAAAACUGCUCCUAGACUUUUACUGGACCGGCCUUUGGUGAUAGCGAACCCUCAUCUUUGCACAGAAGAGGAUAGGUCGCUGUUUAACCACUAUGUGCAUGUUGUUUCUCGAGCACUUUGCCGCUCUAAUACAGACCAAAACCCCUUUCUGGUCACGCUACUCCCAUUGGCAGCAGCCUCGAAUGCUGUCACAAGCAUAAUCUUGGCUCUGAGUGGAUGCCAUUGGAAGAGGGUCUACCCGGGCAUUUGGGGCUGUGCAUUGAGGCGACAGGGACAAGCAAUCACGAAAGUAAAUGAACUCCUCGGUUGCUCCGAUAAAAGAUCAAUCUUCGAAGCAUGCGUGACUGUGCUUCUAUUAUGUCUGACUGAAUUAUUUGACGGUACGUCCAAGGUCUGGAAGUGGCAUCUCAAAGCCGCAAGUGCCAUACUGAAAUCCGGGGCGUUCCCAUCGAUCGCCUCCAAUGAGUGGGAAUUCUGUAUGAGUCUCUUUCAUUACCUGGACUCCAUGUCGACAAUCUCUCGUUGCAAAGCGCCCUUGUUACCCACCACGGAUGGCCAAAACGACUUGCCGACCCCCCGGCGUCGAAACAGUUUGCCUGAACUCGGGCAAAGUGAUUCAACGGAAGCUAUAUAUGGAAUUCCUCCCGCUCUUCUGGACUUACUCGGCAUGAUCAACGUGCUAGCCAAUCACCGCAGUAGGCGAGUCGAUGAACUAUCCGAGAUCGGAUUUCGGGCGAGCGCCACGCACAUCGAGGAUGAGAUCGAUGAGUGGAGGGCUUCGUAUGAUCGAACCAUAUCUGAAAAAUCUGAUACACAGAGUGCAACUACGGCUUUUGAAUGGGCUAUACGACUUCGGCUUCAUCAGAUUGUCGAGGGAUACGAAGUUCUUCAUGAGUUUGUUGAGAAAGCGGUCGAGACUAUCCUAGAAUGCGUGCAGGACGUUCCUUACGCAAGUAGGCUGGAAGGAUGUCUAUUAUUCCCGCUAGUGAUUGCCGGAUCCAGCAGUCUUGCUAUCGAGCGCCGAAUGGCCGUCAAAGAGCGCCUCAUGGUGAUGGAAAACACCCUUGGAUUUAGCCACAUCCAUCAUGCUCGUCAACUGCUGGAGGCUGUGUGGAAAGCAAACGCUACAUCUGACCUGAAUUGGGCUGCUGUACGGUAUAGCCAUUUCCCUGGAGUUGUCUUCGUCUAA